GCUCGGUUCGGGCAUGCGCAGUCUGGGCUACUCAGCGCGCUAUCCGGGAACGCGCAUGCGCCAGAACUAGCCCUUCCACCAGCGACGCAGGCCGGGUUCAGCUCUCCUUGACAUGCGCAGUAAGCGCGCUGGGCUGGAGAGAAAGCGGAAGUCUCAAGCGAGGAAGCGCCGGCCGCGUAACUAAGAUGGCGGCCUCCGUGAGGCGCUGCGCCCUGGCCUGGCUGGUCCCCGCGGCGGGGCUGCUGGCGCUGCUGGCCGGCCCGGGGGCGCUGGGCAAGCGGAGUGACGUGAAGACGCUGACGGACGAGACGUGGCGGGAGCUGCUGCAGGGCGAGUGGAUGAUUGAAUUUUAUGCUCCCUGGUGUCCUGCCUGUCAGAACUUGCAGCCUGAAUGGGAAAAGUUUGCUGAAUGGGGGGAAGAUCUUGAAAUUAACAUUGCAAAAGUGGAUGUCACAGAACAGCCAGGUCUGAGUGGGCGAUUUGUCAUAACAGCACUUCCCACUAUCUAUCAUUGUAAAGAUGGAGAGUUUAGGAGGUACCAAGGCCAAAGAACUAAAAAUGACUUCAUAAAUUUCAUCAGUGACCAAGAAUGGAAGUCUGUUGAACCAGUUUCUUCUUGGUUUGGUCCUUGCUCUGUCCUGAUGAGCAGUAUGUCUGCUUUGUUUCAGUUGUCCAUGUGGAUCAGGAAUUGCCACAAUUAUUUUACAGAAAAUGUUGGUAUGCCAGUUUGGGGAUCGUAUGCUAUUUUUGCAUUGGCAACUCUGAUUUCAGGACUGAUACUUGGACUUAUCAUGGUAUUUUUAGCAGACUGUCUCUGUCCAUCCAAAAGGCACAGACCGCAGCAGCACCACUAUCAAAAAAAAUUAGCACCAGAAUCAGCCCGGCUCUUGAAAAAACUGGAUGAAGAACAAGAAGCAGAUGAGGAGGAUCUUUCAGAUGAUGAAGCAGAGGAUAAAGAGUUAACAGACCGAAACUCUUCAACAAAUGCUGUAAGACAGCGUCCUGUGAACCUUGCUGCUGCCACAGAUAAAUCAUAAGUUCCGUGUACUUGAGGGUUUCUUGAGAAACAAAAAGGGUGGAAUGUACCAGAACCUUCUGCUUGAAGAGAGGUGGAACUCGUAUUGCUGUAGUGUUCGCUCAUCACUUUCAGAGAAAGCUACCUUUAAAAAGGUCUCUGUGGCAUCACGUAUUCAAAGCUGAAACUUGAUAUUGCAAAUGGGGAAACCCAAUACCAUAUACGUGUGGAUUGGUGCUAAGAAAUAGUUUGUAUGACUUCUGAAUGACUCAUUCUGUGGCUGAGUUGUACAAAAUGCAAAACCAGUGUAUUUGCAGUAUUAGAGAAUAUUAGCAAGGAAACUGCACUAACCUGUUUGUCUGCUAGAGCAUCUGAAAAGAUUUCUCAUUGUAAAUCUUUCCAGUUUCACUCUGAAGAAAUGCUGGAAAAAAUUCCUCAAGUUAUGGGACCUUAGCCCAAUUUUUGUGGUAAAAAUGUACUAUAAACUGUUUCCAGGUCACUGUUCUGUUAGAUAGGUAUGACAUUGACUGCUGCAAAAAAUUUCUUUACACCAAUAAUGCAAACUAAGGGUAUCCUCUAAUAAAAGGUAAGGUGAUGAGACUAAUAUGGGACAUUGGAGUCUUAAAACUGAACAGUGGCUUGUUAAUGCCAGUCAUGCAUUGGCCUGGUAUUCAGCAUUGCCCUGUUAUGAAACUUGAGUCUUCCCUUCUAAUGUGGACCAUGUUACUCUUUCCCCUCUCUUUUUAACCAAUUUUCAUCCUCUGUGCAGUAGGUAAAUCUUAUAUGGCCCAGGCUGGAGGAAAAACGACAAAUAUGACUUAAAAAUUUGAUUUGAAGAAAUUUAAUUUCUUGGUGGCUUUUCUCCUUCUGAACUCUUGAGUGGAAAGGUAUUUUCUACUCUUGCAGUCAAAUAAAAAAAUGCUUCAUUUUUUUUUUAAUUUGAAUGUAUCCUCGAUACUAAAGUAUGCGCAUGCGUUCUAGGUAGAGAAAUCAGGAUGCCUGAUCGUCCACACUCAAACAGAAACAGCACACUCUCUUGUGUUAAACAUUUAGUGUGAACAACUUCCGUUAAAAUAGUUACUCUUGCCAAGUCCUAAGCUGAGACAUUUCCAGAGUUGUGUUCAGAGCAUCUAAUUUUCUGCUGUUUUUAUUGUGCAUAGGACAUUCAGCACUGUGUGCCAGCCUAGAGGCGCAAGUUUUCUUUUCAAAUACCACAGGCCAUGUGGCUGCUUGCCUUCCAGGGCCACUGUAUGAAGCUACUGUAUUUAUUUUCACUUCUGCUGCAUUACAGCCCGGAUCAUUUUAAUCCUCUUAUUAAAACAAAUGGAAAGCCGGUCCUGAGGAGUUAAAGAAAUUAUUUCCAUAGGAAUGGUCAGCAACCAUCUCUUUUCCAUGGUAGUAUGCACACUCCAUUCCUUGUGCUCUGAUCCAGUAAAGUGUUUGCCUGCUGCAUAUUAGUUUAAGGAGCUGUUUGUUUUUUUUAGUGAUGUCUCAUGGAAACAGAACCUUUAAUAAAACCUAAAAGGUAAUGUGCUAUUUAGAAAAAACUCUUAGAAAUACUCCUAAGCAUUUUCUGUGACUAUUUAAAGCUUUUGUGGCUUUCAGUUAAGACAGUGAUGCUCCAUAUCAAUCUGUUGAAACGAGUAAUCUUGACUACAGUGUCUUCUGACUGCAUAGUCACCCUACUUUAGUCAAAGCUGAGAACAGCAAAGGCCAGUACCUAUAAUUAUUCAACCGCAAAAUGAAGGUCCCGCAUGUACAUUGUGUAGCUAGUACGAAAUCUCUCUCUCGCAUUACACAGAAAUCUCGUCAGUUGCAUAGUCUCUUUUUAACAGGAGUAGAAGGCUCUUAAAUGCCCCAAAGGAGAUACACAAGUUCUGAGCUUCUCAAUUAAACGUGUAAUUCUUCUACUCUGAAAACUGAUUUCAGAUGGCAUCUGGCAAUUCACUGUCUGUCUCAAUGACUCCAGCUCAAACUGGCUUAGUUUACAAAUAGCAUUUUCUGCCUAAGCGCCAGUUCUAUCAGUUCAUCUUGCUGUAUGGAACGAAAGCUGUCCUGAUUCAACCGCAUCUUAUUAUGAGCAUGGUUGUGUGCCUAGUGUAUACUUCAAGGAACUCAUGUCACCUUGAAUGUUUUUUUUUUUAAAUUGACUAAUUUACAAAAAUUCAGUUUCUUAGGGUGCCAUUUUAAAUGCUAUGUCCUGAAAUUAAUAUAUAUAUUUCUCCUUAUCCUUCUAAGGGUUUUUCUGUUUUAUAAAUUAACAUAUUCUCUCUCUCUCUCCCUCCCUCCCUCUCCAUAUAUAUAUAUGGAGAGAGAGAGUGAGUAUAUGUUAAUACUGGAGUGAGUAUAUGUUAAUACUGGAAUUGUGCAUUAGCGAGCCAAAGAAAAUGAAGAUUUCUGUUGCUAACUUCUGAAGAGGUAUUUGCAAGUGAAAGAUUGCUGUAUAUAGUAGGUGCAACAUUUUCAAACAAAUGUGACUCAGUUCUUGCUGGUCCUCAUCUUAGUGAAUUUGUGGUGCUAGCAGAUUAAACAUCUUUGUCAUUUGCAAACAAUAAAUUUGGUCUGGAGCCACUGAGAGGCUGCACUAAUGGAAAUACUGAUGCCAUUUUUAAUUUUUCACUGCAAAUUGACACUCUGAAGCCAGAAAUGUUUUAACAAUAUUACUACUAGCAGAGACCAACAGAGAACAAGUAGCUAUUAAUGAAUGUCCAAGGAAUGUGGAGUAGUUACAUGAAAACAAACUUGCUCAGCAUUUGCAAAUGUUGUUGAUUUAAUACAUUGAAAGUCAUAAGGGAGGGAGGGACAGCUUAAGUGUCUAAGUCAUGUCUUGAACAUUUCUUGGCAAUAAAUAACACAAAGUAUGCAUUUGUGUGUCAGUUAGUCAGAUCUUUAAUCAACCUGCGUACUGUGAUUGGAAAACGUGAGUCAACUCACCAGAUAUAUUCUGCUGUCAAACAAAUCCUCCAGGGAAAUUCUCAGAUGAAAAUGAUCAGCUAUAAAAUGUGUCCUAGUACUUCCUAUUAGUCUUUUUUGUUUAUCUUUGGUGCUGUUGGUUUGAUUUAUCCUAAGCAAAAAUAUUUUCCAUUCUGUGUUGGCACUUGUGCUGUUACCUUAGUAAAAGUGUAACUGCAACAAUGUAAAUCAAUCUGUUUUGGUCAACUUUUUAGUUGAAUCUGUUCCUACAUUUUAAAAUAUCAAAAUUAGUGUAAUGUGUGAAAUGAAGUAUGUAUCCCAUAUAAUACACUUAGGAUGUUUUUGUGGGAAUUGCCUUAAAUGCUCUAGAGUGUAGAUCACUGUCUGUUAUCGGUAAAAUAAAGCAAUAAUGUGUGAUAUACUAGAAAGAAGCAUCACUUUAUUUGAUAAGUGGUACAUUUCAUUCAGCAGUGAAACUUGCACUUAAUUCUGGAGAGGAUUUGAGAGAAGGCAAAGGAGGCAGAUAGAGCUGCAUGUUCUCAAUAUGGAAAAGUGCUUAUUCUAGUUUUGAAAUAAUACGGUUUAACGUAACCUUCUGUAUGUCUAAAUGUAGCUGCUGCUGACAGAUGCAGAUGUUAGUUUUAAACAACUACAUUUGUAUGAUAUAUAAAA